AUAUUCAGCCGUGCCUGGCCCGGCCCCGCUGUUUGCUCGGGCAGGAGGGGUUUGGGCGCGGGUUCACCUUGACGGGAACACCGGGACGGCGGCAGGUGAGCGGCACCUGCCCGUGCCCCCCGGCCGGGACACCCCCGGGACACCCCGGGACACCCCGGGACACCCCGGGCGCGGGAGCAGCAGGAUGGCCGACAGCCACGGCUGGUGGAAGCUGACGUUCCUGAGGAAGCGCCAGGCAGCGCCCACCGUGCUGUACGAGACCCCCGAGGGCCCCGCGGCCCCCGGGGGGGACCCCCAGGAGGGCACCGGCCCCGAGGGACCCCCCGGCUUCGCCGCCCGCCUGGAGAAGAUCGUGGACAAGAGCACCAAGGGGAAGCACGUCAAGGUCUCCCACUCGGGGCGCUUCAAGGAGAAGAAGAAAGUGAGGGCCACGCUGGCGGAGCACCCGAACCUCUGCGGGGCCGCCGAGAAGGAGGAAAAGUGACCCGGCGGGGAUGGCACCCGCCCGCCGCCCCGGCAAUGCCGAUCCACGCGGCCCCGGCAAGAGGCAGGACUCGGGAUGGGGUUUAUCCCAGGGAUAAUCACGGACCCUGGGUGGCUGAGCCCGUCCCUCCCAGGCUGACUGGUUCGUCCUGGGAUGAGGACACUCCUCCGGAGCCCCCCCAGCUCUGCCCCCAGCGCAUUCCCAAUCCCGAGCCCCCACU